UUGGGAGUCAAACGGCCACUGAGCGGGCCCCGCUCACCUCCUCUGCUCCGCCAGGCUCCAGACGAUGGUUCACACGUGUGUGGUGACCGGCUGCAGGAACAGGAGGACCCCGGGCACCGGCCUCUCCUUCUACCGCUUCCCGCGGGACCCCGACAGGAAGCAGCGGUGGAUCGAAGCUGUGAACCGAGAGGGCUGGAUCCCUAACGACGGCAGCAGACUGUGUAGUAUUCACUUCAUCUCAGUGUUUCCACAUGCAGGUAAACAGGUGAAGAAUCCACGUUCGCCAGAUUAUGCUCCGUCUGUGUUCACCACAGCUCCCUUAUCCCCAGAGAUGAAGGAGCCAGGUGCCUUGGAGAUCCUGGACAAGCAGGAGGACCGCGUGGAGGCGGCCAACGCCUUGUUGUUCCUGCAGGGUCAGGGCAGCUCGGCGGUGGUCGAAAGGCUCCAGGAGGAGCGCCCCGAGGAGAGGGAGCAGGAAGCCAUCGUGGAGGAAAGUGGGUCCUCCUCCCUCAGCACUGACAAUGAGGAUGAUGAUGAAUCUGUGAGUGACAGUAAGAAAGGAAAGUUCGACGCAGCAGUGAACUUCGAAGACAUCCUGAAAGCCCUGAAGAAGGAAAACCAGGCCCUCAGGGAGUCUGUGGAGAAAAUGUCUCUGUCCGAGAAUUUCUUGAGGAACGAUGCAGAGAAGGUAAAGUUUUACACGGGUUUACCCAACUACUUUGUCUUAGAGACUGUAAUGUGGCUGCUGGCUCCACACAUGGACGGGAUGAAGAACGUCCGACUCUCCAAGUUCCAGCAGCUGCUGCUCACACUGAUGCGGCUCCGCCUGGACCUCCGCAACCAGGACCUGGCGUACCGCUUUGGCGUGAAAGUCGGCAUAGUAACCAGAACAGUGCACCAGAUGGUCAACAUCAUGUCCUCCACUCUGGUGCCAACAGCCGUCUUCUGGCCCUCCAGAGCCGAGCUCCGAAAGAACCUGCCGGCAGCUCUGCGCACCUCCCACCCUGACUGUGCUGUUAUCAUAGACUGUUUCACAGUGCCUUUUGAGGAGCCGGUUUCCCGGGGCAACCAGCAGCAUCAGCAGCAGAAGAGGGCGGCGGCUACCUCUCAGGCAGCAGGGACAAGUCAUAACGUGUUAAAGUACCUGAUUGGUGUGGCUCCGCAAGGAGUCGUCACCUUUGUGUCCAGGGGUGUGCUGGGAAACGUCAGUGACAAGACCCUGGCGGAGGGCUGUGGGUUUCUCUGCAAACUGCUCCCAGGCGACAUCGUGCUGGCGAGUCGCAAUCUUGACAUUGCAGAUUCUGUGGCUGCACGAGGAGCCUUGUUUAAAAUUGCUUGCAGCUACCAAGGAGAGACUUGUGGGAGCUCGGAGGCCUCACCGCCUGCAGAUUCUUCCUCUGAGUUGCAGAGCGUGCCGAGGCAUGUGGAGAGGGUUAUCUCCAUGGUGAAGCGGAGAUACGCCAUGCUCACCGGCCCCGUCGAGAGCCCCUUCACCACGGCCUCCGAGCGCACGUCCAACCUGUCAACCUUUGAUAAGAUUGUGCAAGUCGCUUGUGCCUUAAACAACCUGUGCAUCUCUGCUGCUCCACUAGAGUGAUUUGUACAUUCACACCUAGUGAUCCUUACUGCUGGUCGGGCACUUACAAUCCCUUUACUGCUUUGGACCUUAUUUCAUGUUCUCACACUACAUCCCUGUGUCAAUACUAAAUGAUAACUACAGAAAGUUAAUUUACACUAAUCCACUUUAAUUCUUGCUUGGAGAGUGCGUGUGACUUGGGCAGGUUAUACUUGGAAAUGGGAGCUUCUCCCAAAUCCAGAAACCACAUUACUGAAGCCUUUUUCAGACAUGACCUGCUGGUGAAAUCCGGAGAAUUGGUUACAGGGUUUUAACCGCAGUUUUCCUUUCACAACACAGAGGGAGGUUUUCUGCACAGAUGCAUUCACAACUGCAUUAAAUUCUCUGCAUUAUAUAGGCAAGAGGUGGAGCAGCCGGGUCCAGCAGACACAGGCAGGACAUGUGUGUCACCGCUAUUUCACAGAAAGAUAUUUGUUUUUUUAUUGUUGCGGCUGUCGCGCCGUCAAAGCAUCAUCAUUUCUAUGGACAUGCUACUAGGAGGCCAGGUGGAGUGAGUCUUUUAAAAACUGACUUUUGUGUUCACACUUGCACCUCCUCCAGACAAAGUAUGGAGGAACUGCGGAGCUCAGCGCAUGUCUGAAAACAGCUUAAGAUGUGAUGCCAUGGGGUUAUGCAACUCAACUGACAAAGAAUUGCAGACUUGCAAAGCAAGUUCUUUUUUUAGAUGCUGAAUUAGCCCUGUAUGACUCAGAUUCAUAUUUUAUAGUAAACCUCAGCCAUUUUUAAAUACUUUGGUACAGUAUAUAAACUGCAGUGUGGGUGGUGCUGUCCUGUGCCAUGCAAGCGUCUGCAAGUUCUUGUCCCUCUCAACAAACGCUACAGCAGCUGACUUC